AUGAGCUCGCCAGGGUCUAACCAGGCGGGGCCUGAGAGGGAUGAUUCGAUAAUCUGGCAUCCUGCACAGGAAUGGCUCGAGGAAGACGAUGAGAACGACCCAGACUACACCAUGCCCCCAAGGAACAUGGAGGCUGAAGACGACUGGGACGGUGACGAUGCGGAGGAUGAGCCGCUGAGCAUCAGCAUUUCCGACGGUGAGUCGCACCACUCAGAACUUUACUGGGCUUUGCACGAGGCAGCCAUGUCUAACGCAUCGGAAAUGCCUGAAGAAAACCCCCAUAUCAAUAUCGGCAACAUCCAGAUCGAACUGACGCAGGACGAUCUUGACGAUGACAGGGAAGCGGGGAUUGGGGGGCCUCACGGCAUACCUGCAGCGCAGAUUUUCGAGUUACUCGCGGCGAACGGUUUGCAACAUAUCCUCCAAUCAAACGGCUGGGCUACACAUCUCGCUGUAAACGAUGAAGACGAUGAAGACGAAGACGAGGACGAUGAAGAUGACGACGACCUUGAUGCAGCAUUCAUACGCAGAAUGCGUCCUCGGCGGGCAGUGGGCGGUAAACAAUUUCCCAAGCCCAAAGUGCCGAGUGAUGAGGGUACGGAAUUGAUGGGUCAGGGUCACUUCGGAACCAACCAGCACUAUGUUGAUCGAUUGAAGAAACGCAAGAGAGCAUUUGCGACUGACCUUAUGUGGCGCGAGCUUGGUGUUGAGCCUUAUGGCUUACGUAGGAGGACCGACCAGUCCCUCAGUCAGCGAAUGAUUCCAGGUUCGGUGGCAGAUAAGAUCAUUCACUACGAUUCGCGAAGCUACUCCGGUCAAUUCUCCGAUGACGGAAACUUUUUUUCAGCUGUCCGGAUGUACGACACAUCCAACCCAUUCGAGUGGAAAUAUUACAAGACCGUCGAUUAUCCAUUCGGUCAAUGGACAAUCACCGAUGCAACUCUGAGCCCCGACAACCGUUUUCUGGUCUACAGCUCAAUUCGAAGCCAGGCGUAUCUAGCGACAACCGACCCGGAGGACGAUUCCGAUCCAACUGUAUUAGAUUUCUCUCUCCCGCCAGGUCAACGGCGACGACGAAGCUGGGGUAGCUCACAUUUUGGAAUAUGGUCUCUUCGCUUUUCUGGAGAUGGACGAGAAGUGGUCGCAGGUACAUCGGAAGACUCGGUCAUUGUCUACGAUAUCGAAACGAAACAGCCAGUCCUCAAUCUUCGAGACCGACACCAACACCACGUCAACGCGGUCUGUUAUGGCGACACAUCUUCCCCGCACUUGCUCUACUCCGGUUCUGAUGAUACCACCCUCCGAGUCUGGGAUCGACGUUCGAUGGCGGACGGUCGCGAAGCAGGCGCUUUCAUGGGUCACACCGAAGGUAUCACCUAUGUCGACAGCAAGGGUGAUGGAAGAUACGUUUUAUCAAACGGCAAGGACCAAACGAUGAAACUGUGGGAUCUGCGGAAGAUGAUGACCACCGUUGACUUCGACCGGAUCGACGCUAUUCGUUACACCACUGGAUUUGAUUACCGCUUUGAGCCUUAUCCCGAUGACUGCUAUGAGCCUCAUGAGCAUGAUUGCUCAGUUGUCACGUUCCGCGGCCACCGUGUCCUGAAAACGCUCAUCCGUUGCCACUUUUCGCCUCCAGGAAGCACGAACUCUCGAUACGUGUAUACUGGUAGCGAAGACGGAAAAGUCUACGUGUACAAUAUGGAUGCCACCUUGGCCGGGACCAUUGACGUCGGAUCGGCAACUUUGAACUCCCGGCCUCGCGAGCUAGACGUAUUUUCCACGGCGUAUGAGAUGAGCGGAGAAAUGCUAUGGAGGACUUGCGUUCGGGAUGCCAGCUGGCACCCGAAUGCUCCGGUUCUAGCAGCUACAUCUUGGAAUGGUUGGGGCCUAUCUACCGGUACGUGCACCGUACAUUCCUGGAACGACGGUGCGAACGACGACGAGGGUGAUCCGCCGAUUGGAAAGAGCUACGAUGACAAGCUGCGAUAUGUGCCCGAAUUCAAUCACUAUCGUGAACACGCACCCGUUCCGCGUUCGCGGCGUCGCCCUUUGCGCAGUCGUCCGGUGCGUCGACAGUCCAUCGAUGAGGAUGACGAAGACGAAAUGUGGUGA